AGGACUCCAUUGUCAACUAACUAAAUAUUAAAAAGCUCCCUUUUUAAAACGUUCUAAUACUCACCCAAACACAUCACUUUGAAACUAAAACAAAAACCAGAGCGAAGCGGAGGAGAGGAGAGAGUUGCACUCGAGAUAUGGCUGGCUCUUGGAGAGCACGCGGUGCUGUUGUAUCAGCAAUUCUUCUAUUCGGAUGUCUGUUUGCAAUUUCGAUUGCGAAAGAGGAAGCUACGAAGUUGGGGACAGUGAUCGGUAUAGAUCUCGGAACUACAUACUCAUGUGUUGGUGUUUACAAGAAUGGUCAUGUGGAGAUUAUAGCCAAUGACCAAGGUAAUCGUAUUACCCCAUCUUGGGUUGGUUUCACCGACGGUGAAAGGCUCAUUGGUGAGGCUGCCAAGAAUCAGGCAGCUGUCAAUCCUGAGAGGACCGUCUUUGAUGUCAAGCGACUUAUCGGAAGAAAGUUUGAGGACAAGGAGGUCCAGAGGGACAUGAAGCUGGUCCCUUAUAAGAUUGUUAACAAGGAUGGAAAGCCUUAUAUUCAGGUUCAGGUUAAGGAUGGAGAGACCAAGGUCUUUAGUCCUGAGGAGAUCAGUGCUAUGAUUUUGACCAAGAUGAAGGAUACAGCUGAAGCAUACCUAGGGAAGAAAAUUAAGGAUGCUGUGGUCACAGUUCCUGCUUACUUUAAUGAUGCCCAGAGGCAAGCUACCAAGGAUGCUGGUGUUAUUGCUGGGCUUAACGUGGCUAGAAUUAUCAAUGAGCCGACCGCUGCUGCUAUUGCCUAUGGUUUGGACAAGAAGGGUGGUGAGAAGAACAUUCUUGUUUUUGAUCUUGGUGGUGGAACAUUCGAUGUUAGUAUCUUGACAAUUGACAAUGGUGUUUUUGAGGUUCUUUCAACAAAUGGAGACACUCAUUUGGGAGGAGAGGACUUUGAUCAGAGGAUUAUGGAAUACUUUAUCAAAUUGAUCAAGAAAAAGCACGGAAAGGACAUCAGCAAGGAUAACAGAGCUCUUGGAAAGCUCAGGAGGGAGGCUGAACGAGCCAAGAGAGCCCUAAGCAGUCAGCAUCAAAUUCGUGUGGAAAUUGAAUCACUUUUUGAUGGCACAGAUUUCUCUGAACCACUCACAAGAGCCCGUUUUGAAGAAUUGAACAAUGAUUUGUUCAGGAAGACCAUGGGUCCUGUGAAGAAGGCAAUGGAAGACGCUGGUUUGCAGAAGAAUCAAAUCGAUGAAAUUGUUCUUGUUGGUGGAAGUACAAGAAUUCCAAAGGUUCAACAACUCCUUAAGGACUACUUUGAUGGGAAAGAGCCCAACAAGGGUGUGAACCCCGACGAAGCUGUUGCUUUUGGUGCCGCUGUACAAGGAGGCAUCUUGAGCGGAGAGGGUGGUGAUGAAACCAAAGAUAUCCUUCUCCUGGAUGUGGCACCACUUACCCUUGGUAUCGAAACAGUUGGUGGAGUGAUGACCAAGUUGAUUCCUAGGAAUACUGUCAUCCCUACCAAGAAAUCUCAAGUUUUCACUACUUACCAGGAUCAACAGACUACUGUCUCCAUUCAGGUCUUUGAAGGUGAGAGGAGUCUUACAAAGGACAAUAGACUGCUCGGGAAAUUCGAUCUCACCAGCAUUCCUCCCGCUCCAAGAGGAACCCCUCAAAUUGAGGUUACUUUUGAAGUUGAUGCCAACGGUAUCUUAAAUGUCAAGGCUGAAGACAAGGGCACUGGUAAAUCUGAAAAGAUCACCAUUACUAACGAGAAAGGUCGUCUAAGCCAGGAAGAAAUUGAUCGUAUGGUCCGCGAGGCUGAAGAGUUUGCCGAGGAAGACAAGAAGGUGAAGGAGAGAAUUGAUGCUCGCAACAGUCUGGAAACGUACAUCUACAACAUGAAAAACCAGGUUAACGACAAAGACAAGCUCGCCGACAAGCUUGAAUCCGAGGAGAAGGAAAAGAUUGAAACCGCCGUGAAGGAAGCCCUGGAAUGGCUUGACGACAACCAGUCAGCUGAGAAGGAGGAUUACGAUGAGAAGCUGAAGGAGGUUGAAGCUGUGUGCAACCCGAUCAUUACCGCGGUGUAUCAGAGAUCCGGUGGAGCCCCAGGAGGUGGCUCAACUGAAGAAGGUGAAGAUGAGGACUCACACGAUGAGCUGUGAGAAUGUUUGCUUCCGUUGCUGAGAAGAACGUAGGGUAGGAUGACGAUGAUGAGGAUGAGGAUGGCUGAGAAUAGUGUAAUUUUGUUUUUAUCUGAUGGUAGAAGCAAAAGGGAAAGGAAUUUUCCCUUUAUUUUGCAGUUUCUUUUUGGAGGUUGAAACACAUUGAACAUAUCCUUGUUUAUUAAUUUUGUAAUUCUGUUAUUUUUGUUUUUAAA